AUGAGAGACGGUCGUAUUCCGAAAGGGUCCUUCGGGUGGCCGAUUAUUGGGGAGACCCUUUCCUUUCUUCAGCCUCACCCUUCAACCUCGUCCGGGGCUUUUUUGCAAACUCAUUGUUCUAGGUAUGGAAAGGUGUUCAAAUCCCAUCUGUUUUUCUCACCUACCGUGGUCUCGUGCGACAAAGAGCUGAAUCACUACAUACUACAAAACGAAGGGCGAUAUUUCGAAUGCAGCUACCCGAAAACUGUACAUCAAGUCCUUGGCGAGAGGUCGCUGCUGGUGGCCGUGGGCGCCACCCACAAGAGGCUCAGGAAUGUGGCCGUCUCCCUCGUCACCAACAUCAAAUCCAAACCUGACUUUUUAAACGACAUCGAGAGAAAUGCGGCACGGGUACUCGAUUCUUGGAAAGAUAAGAGCCAGGUCAUGUUCUCAGAGGAGGCCAAAAAGUAUACAUUCAAUGUGAUUGUGAAGCAAGUACUUGGUUUAAGGCCAGAUGAGCAAUGCACAAGUGAGAUUCUUCAAGAUUUUCUCACUUUCACAAGAGGCUUGAUAUCCCUACCCAUUUACAUCCCUGGGACUCCAUAUGCAAGGGCCAUUCAGGCAAGGCGUAGAGUAUCUUCGCGCGUCAAGACAAUCAUAGAUGGAAGAAGAAAAAACGCGGGAAAAGGUUGCGGAAAGAGCGAUGAUUUCCUUGAGAUACUUUUGAAUGUAGACAGUUUGUCGGAAGAUGAGAAAGUUAGUUUUGUGUUGGAUUCUCUACUUGGGGGCUACGAGACGACUUCCCUACUUUUGUCGAUGACCGUGUUUUUCCUCGACCACUGCCCAAAUGUUGUUCAACACCUAAAGGUAGAGCACGAGACAAUAAGAAGCAUGAAGAAAAAGGAUGAACUACUCAACUGGAACCAUUAUAAAGCUAUGGAAUUCACACACAACGUCAUAAAUGAAGCCUUGAGAUUAGGUAACAUUGUUAAAUUUGUCCACCGAAGGGCUAUCCAAGAUGUUAAGUUCAAAGAUCACAUAAUAAUACCAUCCGGAUGGAAAGUCCUACCGAUCAUCUCCGCCGUUCAUCUGGAUCCUUCUUUCCAUGUGAAUCCCUUAGAUUUUAAUCCUUGGAGAUGGCAGCAGAAAGAAGAUGAAGCGGGCGGGAAGACAUUUAGUCCAUUUGGGGGAGGGUCGAGGUACUGCCCUGGUUUUGAACUAGCUAAACUUGAGGUUGCUUUUUUCCUCCAUCGCCUCCUACAAAAAUACAGGUGGAAAGUGGAAGAAGGAGAUCAUCCCAUUGCAUUUCCUUACGUCGAGUUUCCAAAAGGACUCAAAUUAAGUGUGCAGUGUCUGUGA